UCCCCGCCCCCUUCAAGCGCGCAGCUCCCUGCGGCCGCUGCCGCCUGUAACCUGCGCCGCCAGGAUGUGGCUGGGGGCUGACGUCGGGUCCAGAUGUGGCCCCGGCCCCGCCCACCCCCGGGGCCGGUCCGCCCACACCGAGCCGCGGCGCGCUCGGAGGCUGUCCCGCCUGCCACAAUGCACGGUGGAACUGCGACCGCAACUUGCCGGGGUCGUGCCUAACAUCGCCGCUCGACAUCCGUAAGAAGCCGGCCCUGACGCCGCACGCGGACCUUCCUCGUUGGAGCCCCCCAUGCGCUCACCCUCCAGUACCCGGCCAGGCGGACGCGGAGCCGCGCGGGUGACGGCAGAAGCGGCUGCGCGCCCAGCCUAGCCCAGCCCAGCCGGAGAAGAGGGCGCGCCGCGCCCCCGCCCCCCGCCGCUCUCCGGAGGCCGUGGGUGCGGAUGCGCCGCUGACGACUCCUGCGAGAGCACCGCGCGCCCGAGCCCGCAGCAUGGCAGCCGCCGCCUAUGUGGAUCACUUUGCCGCUGAGUGCCUCGUGUCUAUGUCCAGUCGCGCAGUCGUGCACGAGCCGCGGGAAGGGCCUGAGUCCCGGCCCGAGGGCGCGGCCGCCGCCGCCCCCACACUGCCCCGCGUCGACGAGCGCCGCGACGGCAAGGACAGCGCCUCGCUUUUCGUGGUGGCGCGGAUCCUAGCGGACCUCAACCAGCAGGCGCCGGCGCCCGCCCCCGCGGAACGCAGAGAAGGGGCCGCUGCGCGCAAGGCGAGGACCCCCUGCCGCCUGCCGCCCGCGCCCCCUGCGCCGCCGCCCGCCCUAGAGCCCGCCUCCCCGGGACGAGCAGGCGCGCCGGCCGCGCCCCCCAGCCCCGCGUGGAGCGAGCCCGAGGCGGCACUGGAGCCGGAGCCGGGCCCCGCGGAGAGCGGCGAGCCUGGCCUCAGACAAAGGGGUCGGCGGGGCCGGAGUCGCGCGGACCUUGAGUCCCCGCAGAGGAAGCACAAGUGCCACUAUGCGGGCUGCGAGAAAGUUUACGGGAAAUCUUCGCACCUCAAGGCGCACCUGAGAACUCACACAGGUGAGAGGCCCUUCGCCUGCAGCUGGCAGGAGUGCAACAAGAAGUUUGCGCGCUCGGACGAGCUGGCGCGGCACUACCGCACGCACACGGGCGAGAAGAAGUUCAGCUGCCCCAUCUGCGAGAAGCGCUUCAUGCGGAGCGACCACCUGACGAAGCACGCACGUCGCCACGCCAACUUCCACCCCGGCAUGCUGCAGCGGCGCGGCGGGGGCUCGAGGACCGGCUCGCUCAGCGACUACAGCCGCUCGGAUGCCAGCAGCCCCACCAUCAGCCCGGCCAGCUCGCCCUGAGCACCCACCCGCGCCCCCGGACCGCGCCUUGCCCCCUUGGUUAAAUAGGAAAGCUGAGCGAACUUGAGAAGUCCACAGCAAAACAUUUUUUCUUCACCUCAGGUGUCAAUUUUUAACAAAAAAAUUGUUUUUUCAAAAAAAAUAUACACGACCCAUAAAUUGCACAAUAGAGCUAUCCACGAAGAUGAGAUUCAGUGGUGUUGAACCCCCCCCCCCCUUUCUCAGGGAUGGAUGCGGUCCACGAGGUCAGCAAGGGCACGCCUUUCUGCCGCCUUACUCUGUACAUAGAUUUGCACUCUGGAGUUUGCUGUGAGGUUGGGGAUCACACUGGGGCAGAACAGGCCAGCUGGGGACAGAUGUGGCCACUGACUGCUUUUUGCAGCAGACCCCCCCCAAAGUCCUGUGCCCUCUUCCUGCUUGCUGGCUGGGUUGCCAUCCUCUGCCCCUUGGCCUGGCUUAGAGCACAGGUGGGUCUGAGGGACUGGGCACCUCACAGGGAUGUGGUAAGCCAUGAUAGACUGUGGGAACACUUGCUUGUGGAACUGUGGAGAAGGAAUCAGCCUUCUGAGGGUGUGCCUGCCUGCCUGCCUGCCUGCCUACCUGCCUACCUGACUUUCUGCCUCCAGAAAUCCUCAGAAAAAUGGAGGCCAGAUGCAAACCCCGCCUGGAUUGGCGCACUGUUGCUGCCAGCAGCCCAGAGAGGCGGCCUGGGCCCUGCCUGCUCUACAGAAGGCACCUGGGGACCCUUCGUCAUCCCACAGUGUUCUCAGACUGGGAAAUAGUGCCCUGAACACACUGUUGUACUGAACCUGCUUCCCCUCAAACUUGGUGUUGUUUCAUCCAGUUCCCCAAGCUCUCCUGGGCCACGUGGAGGCGUGUCUGUAUGAAUCCAGGCCGUCAUGGCCUCUCUGCCUCUUCAGUCUGUGUGUGUCUGGCCCUGUGAGUGUCACCUCACACAUCCCACAGAGACUGCUGCUGGUGGCAAAGGCAUUAUCAGCUGGAAUUCCUCAGAGAAGCACAGCAGGCAGUAUAGGAGUUGAUACUGGAGAAACAAGGAUCUGCUUCUCUGGGGGACACCACAUGAGAGUUGUGGGUAUUGCCUUCUCAGAACCUUGAGUGCAGACUUAGCAAACCCACACUGUUGUACUUCCCACUUUUCCUGCCUGAGAGGACCCAAGCCACACCCAGUCUGCAGGGCAGGGCUGGGGGCAGGGAGCUGCUGGUAAAACAGCCGGAGUAGAAGCCAGGUCCGAGGGCAGUGGUGGUACACACCUUUAAUCCCAGCAUUCAGGAGGCAGAGGCAGUCGGAUCUCUGUGAGUUCGAGGCCAGCCUGGUCUACAAGAAGCCAGGUCCAUCCUGUUUCUCCUGGAGCCCAGACCUGGACUGCAUUGGCAGCAGGCGCUGGGCCUUAUCAGCAAGACCAUGUUCUGGUUGCUCUUCUGCAGAUCCCUGGAGUACCUAUCUGUUCUUACCCUGCAGAGGCCCAGGAAUUUCCUCCCCUUCUCCCAAGAAAUGGGGCCUAGGAACGUAAGGGCCCCGGGACAGGAUAUAUAUGUGUAUGUGUGUAUGUGUGCGCCUGUGUGCGUGUUCGCGAGUAUGUAUUGGGUGGGUGGGUUUGGGAUGGACUUGGGUUAUCUUACAGAGACCUCUCUUCAUUUUGAUGUGGAGGGUCAGCCCUUGUAACUUGGAGGGCCGAUAGAUGGGCUUCCUGGGCCCAGAGUGCCUUGGUUGUGGCCGUUCUGUCUCCACCCCAGCUCUCACACAGUGUAGGGGUGCAGCACAGGAAAAACCUGGAGACCAUGCCCAGCCAUGUCUGCAGUUUCUGGCUGUUGUCAUGUGACUACCAUGUGGAUCUGGGGCACCACUUUCUAACUACCUGUGUCAGUUUUGAGAGGCUGAUGGCAUAUGGUGGCUUUUGGUAGCACAGUAGGUGCUGAGUUGGGCUGUGACAUUGUUGCUGCCGAAAGCAGGCAUGGUGGGUGAGGAUGGUCCCUACCCUGGUCUAGUGCAAAGCUGGUGACCGCUCUGCUUGCAUUUCAUCUGGGGAAAAGAUUGGAAUAUGCAGUCUGCGGUCGGGACCUUGACUGAAGGGAACCCUGGGUGCUUGGGGUGUGGCUAUCUUCAUGCUGAGUUCCAAAGUAUAGUCCCUCCCAAAGUCAUUUGUGUGAGGCAGAGAAAGCCACACUCUGAACACAUUUCAUGUCUCAGGAAUUCACAUUCCAGAUUCAGGAAUUUUAUUCCAAAGUCCUUUGGUGCACCUACAUCCACGGUUGUGAAGACAGAGAGGCAGCAGUGUGCCCCAAAGGCCAGCCAGGGUCUCUCCUUGGGAAGAGCGGGUGUCUCCUUGUGAUCUACCCACACAGUCACAGGGAGGAGGCUUUCCAACCCCGCCCGCCACUGUCUGCACUUAGCAAGGGUAAAAAGGACUCUAAGCCGGUCAUCUUGGAAUAAAAGAAAGAGCUGGUUUGUUGUAGAGUGGGGUAGGGGUGGGGGUGGGGGAGGGAAAGUGGGCGUAGGCUGUUUCCAAAGAGCACUUAAUUUAAUUUUUCCUCUGAAUGACCCAGGGCUGUUCCGUCUGAUGGAUGGAAGGGUAAAGUUGCCUUAAAACAGAAAUAUGCAGGCGUUGGCUAUUUUUGGCAAAUGAACGUGUCUUCAUUCCCAAAGUGGUUCUCCUUUAAUGACAGGGUGUGGUCCUUCAGCAUGGGGCCAAGGCACCCCCUCAUGGACCCCAAUGUCUUCUGGGGCUUCAGUUCAUCUCAUCAAGGGGUGGGAGGAAGGGAGGAACAUGACUAGACUCAUUUCCAGUGGUUUCUCAUUAGGUUCCCAUUUCAUCAUAAACAAGGGAUACCUUCUAAGACGCAGUCUUCCCAGCCUGGGUCUGUUGCGGGGUCUUUGAGUUUUUGCAGUUAUGGCCAUAUUUUCUGGUUUCAGUUUGACUGAGGAACCCAUAGGGCACCCAGAAAUAAUAUUGAAAAGUCAGUUUUUAAAAUUUUUUUUUAAUUUUUAGGGACGGGAGGCCUAGAUCCCACAAUGAAAGUGCCUGAGUGAAGGGAGAGUUCCCUAUAGCAGUGUCUAAAAGGAAUUCUGAACUUCAGCCAUCAGGGGGCUGGAAUUUAGCUCAUGUCCCAAAUGAGAAAGUCCCUCUUUGCAUCAGCCAUAUUAGGGGGGUCACUGUCUGUUCCCCAGAUGCCUACUGAAUCCUACAGCCAUACAGAAAACAGCCCUUUCCACAGAGGGCCCUUGGUUCUCUCUUGAUGGGUGCUAUGUUGGGAUGGAUGAUAAUGCCCUUGAUGGGAGUGUGGGCCUGGAGGUGCCCUACCUGUGUCCUGCCGUGCCCCCUGCCCCAGGACCUGGGGUGCAAGGUCUCCACCUCUAGCCCUCGCAUCCCAGCUUUGUUCUGAGGCCAGCAUUGGGACAGGCGCUGGGUUUACCAGGGUGCAGCCUCCAGGUGCAAAAACCUGCACCCUGGUGACCCUCAUGAAGAAUGGCUUAGAUGACGGGAAGAGGGAAGGCGACAUUCUGUGGUCCCAAGAGAAGUGUGGUAGAACAGAGGGUUACCUUUCAAGACUUCUGCCUCCCGGCCUCACUGUCCAGGAGGCUGGCCCUUUCUUGCCAGAAGCAGGUGCUACGAACAAUGUGCACAGGGCCGCAGCAUUUCCUAGAGGCUUUCCACCAAGCAGGGGCACUGUCCACGGAAGACAAGUCUGAGCGCCAGUUUGACCUCUCAGCUCCUGGUUGUGGCUUUGUUUACAAGGCUCCCUAGUUUUGACUUGUGGCAGGUGUUACUGAUUGUCCCCCCUCACCUUACAAAAGGUCAUCAGUCAGAGACUGUGCUGGAAGGUUUAUGAAUAGCCAUGUUGCAAUCAGUAAGAAAUGAUUUGUAGGUCACCCACAUUUUUUUUUUUUUUUUUUUUUUUUUGCUGUCCUAAGUUUCCAUAGGUGAGUCCUGGUAGCCGUGUAUCCUUGGAAGCGAAAAUCCAGAUGUGGACUCAACUUGUUUUGAAAUCAGGAUGGUACUAGGGAGAGCCAGGUCCUAUGACUAAGUUUCCUGAUUCUGAAUCCUCGAAGGUUUGUCCUGGACACAUUACAGAGAAUUUUGUACCCAAACAUAGAUGCUCAAUCCAGCUGACUACUGAUACAGGCCUGAGUACCGCUGAGGGAGAGGCCUUCCUCUUGCUGGUCAACUGACCUCCAGUGAAAGGAGCAGAACUGGCCUGGAGGCCCCAGUCCAACAGGGAAAGGAGAGGGUUGCUUGGUUUCUCUUAACCCCCUACAGAGUUAGUGGACUUGCCUUGGAUUAGCCCACCCCCACCUCCACACGAUCCCCCAGUCUCACACAGCUUUAAAACAUCACUACUUUUAUUUAGAAACAAACAGGAUGGCAAAGAAGACACCUCCCCCACAUCCCUGGGGGUGGGCAGGAAACAGGUCAGGCAUGAGGGCGGGGUUUCUCCCUGCUGUUUCCCUGGAGCACCUGGGUGUUGACUGCCUUUGCUCCUUAGCUCUAUAACUGCCUGUGGGCUGGGCUGCCUUUCUCCAAACUGAGAGCCUAGACUUGGGAAUAUCCCUUCCCUAGGAGUAGCUACCCAGAGAUAUCACCUGGUCUGCUCCGGUGUCAUACCUGAGUUAUGAGGACUACCCUGGCGUUGAGUGGAAGGAUCUCUUUCCCAUUGCACACUGGAGAGGCCCGGGUGCCUAGUGCAGGGGGCCCCAUGGGCAGUCAUAGGAGACUCCCUGUUGUGGUUUUGUUAGCUAGGCCCAGGUGACUGCUUCCCAUCCAAAGCCAUCGGUGGAACUUAGUGGAAUCCUUUGCCAAAACCCCAGGCAAAAUCCAAGGGUCCAAGGCCAUUUCCAUCAAGUUCCAGAUUUUCUUUUCUAUAGGAACUUUUUUUUUUUUAAGAAAACCCUAGUUCCCAACAUGCUUCCAAAGGCCAUGUUCCGUCUUUCCUGGAUCACUACAGUGAAGUAUUACAGUUGUACAGUUUCCAAUCUGGCCUUGGCUUGCUCGGAUAAAACUUUGUUAUGUAUUUUGUAAGGCAUAGAUUCUAUAUUGUAAUGUCCUAUGCAAAAGAAAAAAAUUAAUGAAAUUGUAAAUUUUACUGUUUUAACAUGUAUGCAUGUUUAGUGACGUUUACAUUUUGAAAUAAAAUUUAUGAUUCAUUA